AUGGAGUCCUCAAGCUUCACUCAAGACCAAGGGAAAGCCCAGGCUGAAGAUAAAAACUCAGGCCUGGGCUUGGGCAAUGUGUUGUGCAAGACAGGAAAAGGUUGGACAUGUGUUAUAACUAGGACUCAUGGGGUUGAUGCUGGCAAAGUUGUCGUUAAAUGCGGUGAAAAUUGCACCUGUACACUUGACAAUGGAGCUGUGUCACCUAAAAUUGAGACUAGUAGUGACAGUGGCAGUGAAGUUUUCUGCAAGUGUGGUGAAGGGUGGAGUUGUUCCAUUUUCAGAACUGAAGGACCUGAUGCUGACUCAGGCAAGGGCUUUGCUGAAUGCACUCAACAGUACAACUGUGCUUGUAACUAA